ACUUUGAGCAAAGACAAAGAAUUAACGAUAAUCUAGACAUUUAUAUUACUAGUAAUCAAGGUGUGGGUCUGUCUGAUUUAUCCACCCGGUUUUUAUAUUUUUCUUGGAAGAACCAAGGAAAUGACCGCAGAUACCGCUUGCAAAGUCAUCCUCGCUUAAAGAAUUUUUUUGUGAAAGAAGAGCACGCUUUCACUAUUUUCGGGAAAACUCUCGAAGAAUUGAAAUUUAUGUUUUUCCAAGAAAGAGAACAUUGGA